GGGCAGCCCCGCGCCCCCGCCUUGCCCGAGGCAGCUCCCGGGGCGCUCGGGCCCCCCCCUCCGACGACCGCGGCCCCGGGCAGCCGCCAGAGCGCGCCUCUGGGGCGCCUCCGCGCGGACCGGGUGCGGGCUCCGCUCCCCGCCCUCCCCGCCCCGCUCGCAGUCUGCCCGCCAGCGCUCAGGCCGCGGGGGAAUCCCUCCAUCUCCCCGCCCAGCGCCCCAGGAGGGGAGGGGACAGCGCCGGCGCCCGCGGACCCGCUUUCUCCGAGGGAGCGCCCAAGAGGCGAGCGCGCACUGAGCCACCCGGACUCGGCGCUGCGCUGCUGGAGGCGCCUGGUGCCGUCGGGUCGGGCUGAGCUAGACGCCCGCAGCCUCAGCGGGACCGGAUCCGGGGCGGCGGGGGCGCUCACUCACCGCGCGCCCUCAUGUUCCCUGCGCAGGACGCUCUGCCCCGCAGCGGGCUGAACCUGAAGGAGGAGCCGCUGCUGCCCGCCGGCCUGGGCUCAGUGCGCUCCUGGAUGCAGGGCGCGGGCAUCCUGGACGCCAGCACCGCGGCGCAGAGUGGCGUGGGUCUGGCACGAGCACAUUUUGAGAAGCAGCCUCCCUCCAACCUCAGGAAAUCCAACUUCUUCCACUUCGUGCUGGCCAUGUACGACCGGCAGGGGCAGCCCGUGGAGGUGGAGCGCACAGCCUUCAUCGACUUCGUGGAAAAGGACCGAGAGCCCGGGGCGGAAAAGACUAACAAUGGGAUCCAUUACCGCCUCCGGCUGGUGUAUAACAAUGGACUGCGGACGGAGCAAGACCUCUACGUGCGUCUCAUUGACUCCAUGUCCAAGCAGGCCAUCAUCUAUGAGGGGCAGGACAAGAACCCCGAAAUGUGCCGAGUGCUGCUCACCCACGAGAUCAUGUGCAGGUUCUUCCUCAAGUUCUUCCUCAAAUGCAACCAGAACUGCCUGAAGAAUGCGGGGAAUCCCAGAGACAUGCGCCGCUUCCAGGUGGUGGUGUCCACGACGGUGAGCGUGGACGGACACGUGCUGGCCGUGUCCGACAACAUGUUUGUGCACAACAACUCCAAGCAUGGCCGCAGGGCGCGCCGCCUGGACCCCUCCGAAGCUGCCACCCCCUGCAUCAAGGCCAUCAGCCCCGGGGAGGGCUGGACCACGGGCGGCGCCACCGUCAUUGUCAUCGGCGACAACUUCUUCGACGGGUUGCAGGUCGUGUUCGGAAACGUGCUCGUGUGGAGCGAGCUCAUCACGCCCCACGCCAUCCGGGUGCAGACGCCCCCGCGGCACAUCCCCGGGGUGGUGGAGGUGACCCUCUCCUACAAGUCCAAGCAGUUUUGCAAGGGAUGCCCCGGCCGCUUUGUCUACACAGCUCUGAACGAGCCCACCAUUGACUACGGAUUCCAGAGGCUACAGAAAGUCAUUCCCAGACACCCCGGAGACCCCGAGAGGCUGCCCAAGGAAGUGCUGCUGAAGCGGGCGGCCGACUUGGCAGAAGCCCUGUACGGAGUGCCCGGCAGUAACCAGGAGCUCCUCCUGAAGCGCGCGGCGGACGUGGCCGAGGCUCUGUACAGCACCCCCCGCGCACCCGGGCCGCUCGGACCCCUGGCCCCGAGCCACCCACACCCCGCCGUCGUGGGCAUCAACGCCUUCAGCAGCCCGCUGGCCAUCGCCGUCGGGGACGCCACCCCGGGGCCCGAGCCGGGCUACGCGCGCAGCUGCAGCAGCGCGUCCCCCCGCGGGUUCGCGCCCAGCCCCGGCUCGCAGCAGAGCGGCUACGGCAGCGGCCUCGGAGCUGGCCUGGGCGGCUACGGCGCGCCGGGCGUGGCCGGCCUCGGCGUGCCUGGGUCCCCCAGCUUCCUCAAUGGCUCCACCGCCACCUCGCCCUUCGCCAUCAUGCCCUCUAGCCCCCCGCUGGCGGCUGCCUCCUCCAUGUCACUCCCGGCCGCUGCCCCCACCACCAGCGUCUUCUCCUUCUCGCCUGUCAACAUGAUCUCCGCCGUCAAACAGAGGAGCGCCUUCGCCCCCGUGCUGCGCCCCCCAAGCUCCCCACCCCAGGCCUGCCCCAGAGCCCACGGAGAGGGGCUUCCAGACCAGUCUUUUGAGGAUUCUGACAAGUUCCACUCUCCAGCCCGGGGGCUUCAGGGCCUGGCGUACUCCUAAUUACGGUCUGCAGCUGUUCCCAUGGAGCCCGGACUGGAGGUCCCUCUGGGAUUCACAGCCACACCCUGGAUGGUGGCACAGACAGAUGCAGGGCCAGGGCCAUGGGCAGACCUCAACCCGUGAGCUGAACGGGGAGAGGCCUUCACCCCAUGCUCAAGCCUCCCCGCUAGCAGCCCCACAGGCUUCUCUCGCCUCCCUGUCUUGGGGUAGUCAGAAGCCCCAGCACUGUGCAGAUGCUCUUGGCAGGACAGCAUCCCAGGGAGGUGCUGGGAUUCUGGGCCUCACUGUCUGGGUCUUGGUUCCUCUGAAAGAGAUGGAUUUUGUGCAGACCAGGGUUGUUGAGUGAGGGGAGCGUGGGAUGGGGACCGUGGGAAAGAGGACAGCUCAGGGAGAAGUGACCUGGAAAGGUCCUGUUUGCAUCUGACCCAUCUCAACUUGCCCAGCAUCCCAACUUCUCUGCAGCGAAAGGGUGGAGCCCUGCAGCCUCGGGAGGCCUGCCCAGGCUCCCGUGGAGCUUCCAACAGCUGCUUGGCCCCGCAGCUGCCCCCACUUCCUUUGAGACCUGCACUCUCAUGCUUGCCGCAUCAUGCCUCCCUGUGGGGGCUUUGGGCAUGGAGGAGGCAGAAGAGGGGGUGCCAGGCCUCCUGUAUUUGGGGUCUUCCCCCGGUGGAUGUCUCAUGGACUCUGGCCCCACACACUCACAAUGACUCUGGCUGGCCCCAUGCAGCGGGCCCAGGCGGCCUCACAUUCUGCUCUGCUAAGUUUGGAGAAAACAGAACAAUAAACCAGAUGCAGGUGGUGCCCGCCCGGCCUCUCACCUGCCUCCUUGGUGUGA